AUGGACGUGACAGCGGCAAGUCUCCCACGUCUUUUGCCAUGGAUCCUUCAUCAGAUCUCCCGAAGCAGCUUUGUGGCCAUUGAUCUGGAGUUCUCAGGUAUUUCAAUUGUCCCAACCAGCGAAGCCAAGGGAAACCUGCCUCUUCAGGAGCAAUACCUCAAGAUGAAGGCCGCCGCAGAAAAAUAUCAGGUGCUUCAAAUCGGUCUCACAAUUUGCGAGGAGGAUGUCAAGAAUGCGACCUACACGAUGGCGCCGUACAACAUCACCCUGAGCCCAUUUAUCGACCGAACGUUGGACAUCAAACGUGACUGGACUUUCAUGAGCUGGUCCAUGGAAUUUCUGAUGGGCCACAACUUCAGUAUGGACUCACUAUGCAAGUACGGCGUGCGAUAUCUCUCUCGAGACGAAGAGGCUGAAUCUGUGGCCAAAGCCAGACAUCGAUUCACCCGCAAGAAUUCAAUCGCCACUCUUGAAUUGACGGAAACAGACAAGGAAUCAAUUGAUUUCCUGGGGGCUGUGCGUCGAAUUAUUGACUGGUGGCUGGCCCAGCCUGCUAGAGAUCGCAUGGGUUACCUCAAUAUCCCAUCGCACACGUACGCGAAGUCUCCCUCUGCCAUGGGUCCAGGCGUCCCUUCGAUCCUGAACAGUAUGGAGAAGCGGCUCGUGCAUAAUCUGGUCAAUGCCGAAUUCCCUCAGCUCAAAUCAAAAGGCAAAGCCUCGUUCAUUCAAAUUAUGUUCGCUGACCCAGUCCAUGACAAGGAUAUCAAUGAAGAAAAGGCACAGGCAUUGAUCGAAACGAUCCGUGGCCACGUGGGAUGUCGGUGGAUUAUUGAAGCGCUCAUCGGAGGAGACCUGUCAGAGCUCCCAGACAAGACUUUCAGUCCCAUAGUGGGAGAUGGGGUACCGUUUGGAGAGGUCGAAUUGGCCCAAAAGACGCGGGAGCGCCUCCAAAAGCAUAGGCCGAUCCUGGUUGGGCACAACUGCUUCUUGGAUCUACUCUUUUUGUACAGUGGUUUCAUCGGACCGUUGCCGGACACUGUGGAGGAAUUCCAGAUGCUGAUUCACGGUCUGUUUCCUAACGUGGUUGACACCAAAUACCUGGCAACCUCCAAUGCUGGUUCUAUCAACCCAACUUCCUCCCUAGAAGAGAUCAGCCGCAGAUUGCUUCGUGUAUCGGUCCCGGCCAUAGCAAUCGACCCGAUGCACCAAAAGUACGCUUUCCGAACGUUUCACCACGAGGCAGGCUAUGAUAGCAUGCUAUCUGCGAUUCCUUUCAUGAAGCUAUCGGUCCAGCUUGAGAAAGGCCAAACCAAGCUCGGCGCUCAGGGAUGUCUGAGUGGCAUGGAGCUCGCAGUGGCCUCGGAGGUAUCUCAGGUACAGCAAGUUGAGCGAUGGAUGCGUCAAAUCCUGAAGCAAGACGAAGAUGCCACAUCGCAAGAAAUGGAAGACCUGGAUUUGAUUGAAUUCAGUGACGAUGAGAAUCCGAAGCCCAAACAGCCUAAGCCAGCCCAGAAAAGAUCUGCCAAAGUUGUGGCAAAGACGCGCACUAGGGAUUUGGUGCCUGAACUGGGUACUGAGUUCUGGCGUGUUUAUGGGAACAAAUUACGCGUGUUUGGCACGGUCGAGCGGGUUGUACACCUGGACUAG